GUCUCCAGUCGUCGCACCUUUCCUUCAGAUCUGACAACCAUGACGACCGAAAAGCCUCUCCCCUUCGUAUACCAAUUCGCCGCUGGUGCGGUGGCCGGUGUCUCUGAAAUCUUAGUAAUGUACCCGCUGGAUGUAGUGAAGACUCGAGUGCAACUGCAGACAGGAAAGGGCGUGGGUGAAGAUGCUUACAAUGGCAUGAUCGAUUGCUUCCGCAAGAUCAUCAAGAAUGAAGGUGCAUCGAGAUUAUACCGCGGAAUCAGUGCUCCAAUCCUUAUGGAAGCCCCCAAACGUGCCACCAAGUUUGCUGCAAACGAUGAAUGGGGAAAGUUCUACCGAACAACAUUUGGCGUUAAGGAAAUGAAUCAGAGCCUUUCUGUUCUUACUGGUGCAUCUGCUGGAGCUACUGAAUCAUUCGUCGUGGUACCUUUCGAGUUAAUCAAGAUUCGAUUACAAGAUAAGGCGCAAGCACACAAGUAUAAUGGCAUGAUUGAUUGCCUUCAAAAGACUGUCCGGGCCGAGGGUGUUAUGACACUCUACCAAGGCUUUGAAAGUACGGCAUGGAGACACAUACUUUGGAAUUCUGGAUAUUUCGGCUGCAUCUUCCAAGUCCGCGCUUUGCUGCCCAAGGCAGAGAACAAGCGUCAGCAGAUUCAGAAUGAUCUCGUCUCAGGUGCUAUUGGAGGCACGGUCGGAACUAUUCUGAAUACCCCAAUGGAUGUUAUCAAGUCCCGCAUUCAGAACUCGCCCCGGGUGCCUGGAGGUGUACCCAAGUACAAUUGGGCAUGGCCUGCCCUUGGUACCGUCUUCAAAGAGGAAGGCUUCAGCGCUCUCUACAAGGGCUUUGCACCAAAGGUUCUCAGACUUGGACCCGGUGGUGGAAUUCUGCUCGUAGUGUUCACUGGUGUCAUGGACUUCUUCCGCACCAUGAGAGAGGGGAAAUGAGCAAUAGACGUGUGCGAAAUACAAGAUGUUUGACACAGAUGUUAGACUGUACCACUUUCGCAUGUCAGUGGAUCAGCUAGAACUCUCCAUACGCGCUAUGUAGACAAUCUUAUGAACGCGAGC